GAUGUUGGCGGCGAGGGAUCCGAUGCUGUGGCACAAGGUGGCCGCCGUCUCCGGGGUUGCCGCUUUGGGGCUCGGCACCUACGGCGCGCACAUGUUCCGCCCCAAGAACCCCGCGUACAAAGAGGUUUGGCACACGGCGUCCAUGUACCAUCUCGUCCACACCGCGGCGCUGCUCGAGGCGCCCAUCACCAAGCGUCCCAACGUUUUCGGAGGGCUCCUCACUGCUGGAAUCGUGCUCUUCUCUGGAACGUGCUACACCGUGGCUUAUCUUGAAGGUAGGAAGUUUUCUUCACCGGCACCAUUGGGGGGCUUUGCGUUUAUUGCUGCUUGGGCCAGCCUCCUCUUCUGA